CCUGGGUGUUCGGGAAGUGGAUUGGGGGAUGGACGCCAGGAUCACCUUGAGAGGAAUCGAUUGGCGUCCUGAUGCAUAGGUUCCGGAGGGACUGCAUUGGUGCCUGAGCCUUGGUUGGGUGCAUUGGUGCCCGAAUGCCAUGAUUCCGAGGCGUGCAUUAAGGCCCGGACGCUUGGAACCCCAAAGGAAAAAUCCGUUAGGGCUCUCUGGAUCGCCAAGACACGCCACGUUCUUUCUGCAUCUCCCUCUAGGUUUCCCCUCUACCCUCCACGCUGGGAAUGAAAUUUAGCAACGAGAAGGAAGCAGUUCACGCGGCGUCGAUGGACUGAGAUUAAACCAAGACUCGGUUCUACAGCCCUAUCCCCAUCAGCCUGGUAAUCACCCGCAUUGCCUACCUCUCUCUGGGUUCCUGGACCAGCAAGAUGCUGGAACGAGAUGCAGAGUCCGCCGCCGGGGACACCGAUCCUAGUCCCACUGGCAAGGAACCAGUAACCAAGGGAGGAGCUCCCCCCCAGGGCUCAACGCAGAAGCCCAGCCAGUCGGUUCCAGGGCCUGCCUCGUCCGUGGGGGUGCCUUCCCCACCCCGUCGGCGGCCCCCACCCCAGCGCCCACACCGCUGCCCCGACUGUGACAAGUCCUUCUCGUACCCGUCCAAGCUGGCCACGCACCGGCUGGCACACGGUGGUGCCCGGCCUCAUCCGUGUCCUGACUGCCCCAAAGCCUUCUCCUAUCCCUCCAAGCUGGCAGCCCACCGCCUCACGCACAGUGGCGCCCGCCCACAUCUGUGUCCACACUGCCCCAAAGCCUUUGGCCACCGCUCCAAGCUGGCAGCCCACCUCUGGACCCAUGCACCCGCCCGCCCCUACCCGUGCCCCGACUGCCCCAAGUCCUUCUGCUACCCUUCCAAGCUUGCAGCCCACCGCCACACGCACCAUGCCACCGACGCACGCCCCUAUCCAUGCCCGCACUGCCCCAAGGCUUUUUCAUUCCCCUCCAAACUGGCCGCCCACCGCCUCUGUCACGAUCCCCCGACGGCACCGGGCAGCCAGGCCACAGCCCGGCAUCACUGCUCCAGCUGCGACCAGGCCUUUGGCCAAAGACGCCUCCUGCUCCUUCACCAGCGCAGCCACCACCAGGCUGAGAGCCAGGGAGAGCGCGAGUGAGUCCUCCCCUCGGCUCAUGGCCCCCUCUGCCACCAGCUGGGGUCAGUGAAGAGGUGGCAUUUUUAAGCUGGGCUGUAAGGACUUGCCUUGAGCAGACAGCUGUCAGGGAGACUGACUCCACACUGGGUUCCAGCCCAGAAGGCUUAGGAACAAUUUGCUCACCUGUUUGGGGGGAGGGGAAGGUGUCAUCCACAGAGACUUAGCGCUGGGCCCCAGACCACAGGCUUGGAGCUGUGGUUUGAAAGCAAGCCCUGACUCUGGUUCUUCCCUCCAUUUAUAAGGCGAAAGUAAGAAGUCUGCUAGCAUCGUUGGUUGCUGAGGAAUGUGGGGAAACGGGGUCUCUCCUUAUUGUAAGUUAAAUCGGUGCCUCCAUUUUGGCCAUUUGUCCAUAAAAAAUUUAAAACGCUCACAUACUCGUGUCAACUAUUCCACUUCUAGGAACUUACCCUAUAGAUAAACUCAAGCACUGAAAAAGGCAUAAGGAUGUUGGGAAACCACCCAAGUGCCCACCAAGAGGGGACCAGCUAAUGAAACACAAUACAGCCAGAGAACGGAUUAUGUUGCUGUAGGAAAUAAAGGUCUCUUUGUCCAGUUUGGGAA